AUUCAUUUCGAAACCCUUUUUCGGAUCGUUCUUUCGAUUCUCGGCCGGCUUCCGGAGGAAGGUUGAAAGCUGUCUCGGGGCGAAAGGCAGCCGCAGAUGGGUGUCCAAUAAUCUAAUAAGGCAACGAAUGAUCCGGAUUAAUCGGUUCAUCUACUGUUGAUGAGCGUGUGUGUGUGCCAUCGAUAGGGACAAGUUGCUUCCCGCGCGGGGCAUUUUUUCGACAGGAAUUGAUCAGAACGGGGAGUGAAAAAAAAACGAAGAAUUUCGUAGCGUUUGGUGUCGUUCUACCAAAAACUCCCGACUAAUGGUCGAUAAUGAAAAGUGUGUGUCUGUGUGUGUAUGUGUGUAAGGAUUUACGAAACGUCCAACGUGGCCUGGGAGGAGGAAGCAAAAGGUACAGUUUCAUCCGCCCCCGGGCUAUGAUGAUCCGCGCCAAAUGAUGAUAAGGCAAAUUAGAGCUUGACCCGGGUGGGAGAAGAUCCCAGGAUGUACUUUCGGAGAAGCAGCUGGGUUGAUGAUACGUUUUGCAUAAGCUGUAAUCAAUUUGAAGAAGUCUGUAUGCGAAGCUUCAAGGCUUGAGAAUGCAUUCCAGCUCGCUCUGAACAGAUGUCCAGAGGAACUGCAGGUGAAGAUCAUCAUGGGCCACGGAGACAGAGCGAGAGGUUUUGCUCGAUACGAGAUUUGGUGUUUCCCCUCCAGCGAUCUCACCCUUGCACCGGGCGGGUUGGUGCAUCCCGAAGGUUAAGGAUGGCUUCGGCCGCUGGGUGGCAGUGCGUAGGCAGUGAGCUGCCGUUGGACUGCGCACUGCUCGGCUCAGUUCAACAAAACGACUUGUUGGAUAUUCUUGAUCUAGGCAAAAAGAUUGGAAGCAGUAAACAUCUCCGAUACUCUACGCUCCCAAGAAUGAUGUUUGCCACUUCGCCAAUUAAUCGUUACCUUAGCACAAUGUCACGCAUAAUAACGAAGAACAUGGCCCUGUGAAGUGUUCAUGCCCAUGGCGUUAUGACAGUCGUCAAAUAAUCCACAUACUCCAGUGGCGGACA